UGUUAAUUCACGUGCUGUUGUGUUUGUGUUUUUGUUUGUGUGAGUGUGUUUAUUAAGUGUUUCCGUAGUUAGUAAAGUGUUGUUUUGUAAGUACUAUUGGUAUUUACAUUAUCUGUUGAGAACCCUAGCAAGUAACAAUAGUAUAAAUACUAGAUCAAAAUAUAUUAUUGUAUAUUUCAUUUUAUCUGUCACGAAGUUAUAAUUUAUUGGAUCAUACGCCAUAAGGAAAACAGGGCUCUAUUUAUGAAGAGGAACUUGUUAAAAUCAUGCAUAAGUUAACGUUGUUUAAUAUGCUUAAAUGCAAACGAGGAGAGGAUGAAGAGGAAUCGUCAGAAAAUAAUUUGCUACAACACGAAGAUGUGUCGUUGGAGCUUGAAGAGGUGAUAACAAGUGGAAAGGAUAAUCUUAACUCGAUUUCUAGUAGUCAGUGCGAAACGGGAUCUCCUUCCAAAGUUGAAGUACAAGUCCAAGUCCAUUGUGAUGGCCACACUCAAGAUCCUGGGUUGGCAAAGAACUCAACGCUGGAAAGCAACAAACGUAAUGAGAGGUUUCAAAGAGGACUCGAUACCAAACUUCUUGACGCUAUCAAACGCAAAGAUGAUCAAGAAGUCCAAAGUCUCCUGGAGCAGGGUGCGGAUCCCAACGCGGUGUGCCACGACGGGUGCAUCUCCGCGUGCCACCUGGCAGCGCUCGCGGGUGGCGAGGCGCUGUCUCUGCUGCACGCGCGGCACGCCAAAUUGAUGUGCUACGACCUGUUCGGCAGGACGCCGCUGCACUUCGCCGCCUGGGAGGGAAACAUCGCCCAGGUUGCGCUUCUUCUUGAUAUCCCUAAAGACAUACGGGUCAAAAUAAAACAUCCGUUGUCUCAGGACGUGCUAGAAGAAAUAAGAGCUAAUAACAGUCAAUUUCAAGAUUUGGCUAAUAAACGUUGUAUGUUGGGCGAAGUUACAUCCGAGCAUUUGGAAGAGUUAGAAGAAAUCAUAGGCAGGCAUCGGUUCUCAAAAGAUCUCCCGGUGAUACUAAUGGGCUGGACUCCGCUACAUGCGGCAAGUGUGAAUGCUCGCGACGAGUGCGUGCGACUCCUGCUCGCUGCAGGCUCGGACCCGAAUGCUCGCGACGACAAGGGACGUUCGCCGCUAGACGUGGUCGGCUUCAUGCAUUACUGCGGCCGAGAAAUAAAUCCAAACGAGUUUGCGAAUGUAAUCCACCAACUACUUGAAACAAAUCCUGCGAGCAGUAAUAAUGAAAUAAAAUUAUCACAUACUCCGCUCCACACGGCGGUAGAGGUGGAAAGUAUUGAAGCCAUAACAGACUUGCUGGCCUUUGGAGCGUCAGUGUGUAGCCAGAAUCAAGACGGACUGACGCCACUGCAUCUUUGCGUUAUGAAGAAAUUAAAAAAGCAUCUACAGAUUUUCGUUAAAAACGACAAACACAACGCUUUAGUUACAACCGUGGAUCUAGUCGGCAGGACAAUCCUACACACAGCAGUGCUCUCCAAUUGGAGUACAGGAGUUUGUAUCGCUCUGGCAGAAGGGGCGGAUCCAUUAGCUUUGGCACAUGACGGAGAAUCUCCAUUCCAUUUAGCUGCAGCCCUUGGCAACCUAAAUAUCGUCAACGAGAUACUGAGCGUCGUUGAUAUCAAAAAUAAUAUUAACAUCAAAAAUAUGCAUAGCCAAACCCCACUUUUUAAAGCAGUUGACAAUGGGCAUACUAAUUGUGUUAUAAAACUCCUUAAAUGUGGAGCAUCUAUCACAGUAACUACGGGUCAAGGGAUGAAUGUAUUACACGUCGCUGCUAAACGAGGUUAUCACGAUAUAUUAAACAUAUUACUUGAUCAUAACGACGCUGACACUAAAGAACUAAUAGACUCACAAAUUGAAAACUGUAAACAAAAAUUCGGUCCAAUACAUUUUGCCGUUUGGCACAACCACCCAGAAUGCGUUAAACUACUUCUAACAAAAAACGCUUCCGUCUUGAUGAAUUCGAGUGGCGUCAAUAUGGUUAUCACUCCCUUACACCUAGCAGCCCUGAAAAAUAAUGUGGAAAUAGCAAAGAUUCUGAUCGAAUUCAAUGCAGCGACAAUACACGAAGUUGAUUAUUUUGGAUUCACACCACUGCACGCAGCAAGCUACUGCGCAAGCCGGAAGGUGGUCAUAUUUCUUCUAAAACAAGGCGCUAAUUUAGCAGCCAUUACUAGAGAGAAAAAAGUAAUUACAAAAACAUCUGUGGAUAUGAUCAUGAAAAACAUGUCGCAACCCACUGAUUUCAUGGAGGAAGUGUUUGACUCUUGCAUUCACGGUAACGAUUUAAAUCUUCACGAUUCUAACUGCAAAGUAACUGUCGAUUACAGCAUAUUACUUCCCGAUUUUGGGGAUAAAUUUCUCGCCGAUAUAGAGUCUAAAACGUACAAAAUUGAACAAAUGAGUGUGAUAGAGGCAAUCAUCGGUUCCGGAAACAGACAAAACCAGAAUAGAUUGCUGCUUCACCCUCUAAUACAAAGCUUUCUUUGGUUGAAAUGGAGAGCGCUGUCGCCGUUUUUUUAUUGUAUGAUUAUAGUAUACAUCUGGUUCGCAAUAUCUUUUACAGGAUUUCUUUUAUCAACUCUCUUAGCGAAUCACACAAAUUUGACUACUCCUUACACUUCAAACGACAAUAAUACGAACAGCACUAGUUUUAACACAUCAAACGUCAAUGACGCGAACGGAAUCAUUUCUUACACUCCAACCUCAAACAUAUGGUUCCAAAUAUUAAGGUGGCCACUGAUAUUACUAGUUAUACAAGAGAUAUUUCAUUACAAGUACUCGAAGAAAUAUGUGACACAAUUGGAGAGCUGGUUGAAAUUGUGUCUUAUUUACUUAAUCAUAUACCUUAUUUCUUACAAUAAGUCUUCAUCGGACACAAUUACGUACCGAAAUGCAGCUGCAAUAGCUAUGCUUCUGUCUUGGAUACAGCUGAUGUUUUUCUUAUCCGGAUCUCCUACAUACGGAUACUAUGUUCCGAUGUUCAGGAUGGUAUCUUUGAACAUGGUUAAGGUUCUCCUGACCUUCGGAUUUCUAAUCAUUGGCUUCUCACUCAGUUUUAUGAUCGUGUUCCAUGCAGAGGAACCGUUUGAAAACCCUUUCGCCGCCAUCAUCAAGACCAUGGUGAUGAUGACGUCAGAAUUUGAUUAUGAGAAUCUCAUGGGUAAAAUAAAAGAAAAUGAAGGAUUAACACCAUUUCUUAUCCCUGUUCGUGUCGUCUUCGUAGGCUUCCUGAUAUUCACUGCAAUAGUCCUCAUGAACUUGAUGGUCGGUGUGGCUGUCAACGACUUACAAAACCUGGAGUUUCUAGGCAAUAUAGGGAAAACCGAAAAACAAGUGGAAUUUUUAUCUUUCCUCGAAAACGUGAAGAAUUUUUUGCGCUGCAACAGGCUUAUAGCUUAUUGCUUUCCUAUAACGAAGAAGACAGUAAAAAAGAGCAUUAUUCUAGGUACAAACGAGCUGUCGUGUAAAUAUUUUAAUAAGUUACCAUCACACCUGAGGGACUCUAUAUUUGAUAUUGCUCUGAGACACAAACGACAAAGAGAUGAAUUGCUCGGUUCUAAAACUUACAACACGAAACUUGAUGAAAUUUACAAAGUCAUUGUAAAAAAUUCUAAACAAGAUGAACUAUGCAGUUCUCCUGAACCAAUGGAGGAGGAGGGACAAAAUAAAAAUCAACACAUCAAAGAAGAAAUAAACGCUACGCAAAGCAUAGAAUCACUUAUAACAGAACUAAAACUACAUCUUGACUCUCGUUUUAAACAAAAUCAGAAUUCAAUCGAAUUACUCAAUAUAAAAAUAGACAAUAUACUCAAUAAAUUAAACAUGUAGAUGUAAAGAACUGAUGUAUGCGACGUAUCACGAACCAAAAGAAACCUUUUUCAUAAACCAUUACAAACCAAACAAUAAUUCAGCUUCAUAUUCCAAGGUGUUAAAACCCGCCAUAGAGACCCACGUAAUGGCUGCCAUACAUGCUACGGUCCAUCGGAAAGGUCCACCGGUGCAGGUAUGCCUGCGCCGGUAGACCGCAAUCUGUGUGGGAAUAGACCUGUGCAGAUUUUUGAGCCUGUGCAGGCGACCGGCGCAGAAUCGAAAAUCAAUACUUUCAAUUGAUACCUGCGCAGGCAUACCUGCACAGAUGACCUCUCCGGUAGACCGUAGCGUGUAUGGCUUGCAUAAGUGUGUCGCGUUCCGAGAUUAACCUGUGAAUAUCUGGUACCAACAGGUCGGCAUAAUUGUGUCGACUGUCGAAGGGUAAUCAUCUCUCGUCAGUCGACAUUCUAUUGGACCCCACUCCACUUACCAUCAGAUGCAGUGAAGUCACUCUGCCGUGAGCGAAUAAAAAAAGAAAAAAAUAUGCUGUUGAAAAGACUGUCUCGGUGGCGUAUUUGUAUUGCGUGCAAAGUACAAUAUUGCUUUAAGAUUCUGUUUAUGCUGUCAUUCCCAAGUUCGAAUACUGGGUUGAGAAAUGUGGUACUGGGUUUUCUGCUCAAUAUCAGCAAGGAUUUAUUAUAGAAGAUAUUAUUUUAAAAGAGUGUCUGGUUGCACCUCUGCCUAUCUCUUGGAUUUAAAGGCGAGCGGAAUUUUUUUUUAUUAUUAAAAUACCAGUGAUGUAAUCUGCUUUGCUAUUGCAAAAUAAAAGACUCGAUCAGUGAACCAAUGAAACUAAGGAAAUAGAAAGAUGAAUUACAGGAAUACACAUUGAAUUAAACAAAGAUGUAAAAUAAAUUAGAAUAAGAUGUCAUUUUCAACGUUAUUAAAACAACUUUAAUUUUUU